CCAGGUAACAUUGCAAAUGUCGCUUCUGUAGCCGCUGGUUGUGCUCCGUGCCUUUUAUACGUUACGUUACGUUAGAGUAGUGUUAGUGUUUUUGUUGGGAAAAAGAAGAGUGUAUGGCUGGUAUGAAGAUGACUUUGAACGAGCAAGAGAAGAUGUACAACGUAAUCCAAAAUUCGCAAUUAAACUGUGUGAUCGUGUCCGCCGAUUCUUCGAACCUCCCCAAGGGUGUUAUACAAAGUAAACGUCCCUUGGCACCAGCUCCAGAUCGAAACUCACCUGUUUACACAAAUAGUACAGACGUACGCUGUAAGAAAAAGAUUCAUUUCAUGAACUACCCCAGUCCGCAACAACCCGCGUCGGUGGCCCGAAGAAAUGCAAGGGAACGCAAUCGUGUCAAACAAGUAAACAACGGUUUUGCUGCUCUUCGCCAGCACAUCCCUGCCAACGUCUUAUCGGCAUUUGGUGCCACGGAAAACACAAAUGGGAGAAGUAACAGCAAAAAAUUAAGCAAAGUGGAAACACUGCGAGUGGCCGUUGAAUACAUUAAAAGCCUGCAGAGGAUGCUCGAAGACCACGAAGCAGAAAUGACGUCGAAAAACAUAAUAAACGCAAUUGUCGACAAUCGAUACUUUCCAUCGAGUCCCGAAUCGAUCGCUCAGUACAGUCCGUACCCUACAAUUCUACCGACACCCCCAUCGUCCGAAGCGUCUGCCUCACCAACACCGUCACACACAUCAGACGUAUCGACGUCAUCAUAUCCAAUCACCACAGUUUUUUUGCCAGACGGCUACAAACCCUUUGAAACAAAAGGUCCGGAUGACGAAGAGCUUUUAGAUGCCAUAUUUUCCUGGCAGCAGAGCGAAUAAGACAGGUUAACGUAUCAUUCCUCACGAGAUCCCGGUGCCUUCACACGUGAUACUGAUUUCCAUACUUUUUUGUUGUUGUUAUCUAGUCAAGUUGUAUUUUAAUGUACAAAGUGUUUAUAAUAUGUACAGUUAGAACGAAAACCAGAUUCCGUUGGCUCGGAAUAUAUUUUUGUACUGAUAUACUUAGAUUUUAAGUAAUAACGUAGAUCGUCCAAAUAAUUUAUUAGCGUUAAUUUAAAUUUUUUUGGUGCCUUAAGGUGUUAUCUAGAAAUAGAGAGAUCCUGGCAAGAUUAUCCUGAUUAAUUUAUAAGUUAUAAUAAGACUACCUUGCCAGUUACCUAUGCCAGUUGAAGGUUUGAUUCCUCAUUUAGACGUACUUUAUUAGUGUUACUAGUUUAUUAUUUUAAAUGAAUUAAUUAGGAUUUUUUAAUAAACAUUUAGACGUUUU